AUGUUGCCGCCGCACGCCGUCCUCUGCACUCGGCCGACCAGCGAACGCGGCCGAAACGCGAUUCGAGACGACGGGCCAAGUGAAUGGGCCGCCGACCAACGUGAAAUGGCCAGCCAGACCAAUCCCACCAUGGACACGUCCACGUCCACCUCCGCCUCCACACCUACCUCUAGAGCCACGCCCACGCCCACGCCCACGCCCACCGAGACCGUUGGCUCGCUGCUCGCCGCCAUCGCCACGGCUCUCCAGGACGUCCUACGCAUCCUCAUGUUCGCCGACAAGCGCGGCUGGGGACCCGACGAGUUCGAGCAGGUCCGCGCCGUCGAAGAAGCACUCGACGAGGCCAAGCGCGACUUCCAGGCCAUGGCCCCGCUCGUCAACGGCCAGUUCUACUAUGAAAACGACCGGAAACCCGAAUCGCUCGCCGAGCUGUCUUCAUUACGCGGCUACUUCGAAGACCACACACAGCUCUUCCGCGACUGGAUACGAUCGGGCGGACCCAUCAACCCGCUCUGGGUGCGCGAGACCGUCCACCUGCGCCGCCAGUUGCACCGCGCACAGUGCCGCGCCGCACGCCGCAUAUUCAACGCUGAACACGAGGCCGGCGAUGGCAGCGGCAGCGGUGCUCGCUGCUUGGGUGCGUUCCUGGUGUACCGCCGAUUUCGCGAGCAGGAAGACCUCCGGAAACAACAAGUCCGUGACCAGGCAUACCAAAAACAAGACGGGAGCAGCGGCCAGAACGGUAGCCAGUCCCAAACCAUACCAAGCACCCCGGCAUGGAAGCAGCAGCUGCCACAGCUACGGGCGCGCGAACGGCGGAUGUUUGCUGGCCAAGAGCGGUUCCGCGGCCGGACAGCAUACAAUGACACGCACGACGACGAAGGUGACAGCCUCGAGAUGACACCACAACCCCGACAUGCUCCCCCUCCGCCCCAAAACGCAAGCGCCAAUCCAGCCUCAGCAAGGCCUCUCCUCAAAUCAGCUAUGAAAGCAUCGACAAGAGCACCAUCUAUACCAGCAGCGAUCCCCGCACCUGCACCAAUGUCGACGUCUGCAACGACACCACUACCUACACCCUCCACCUUUACCGGCUCGUUUGAGCCGGCACAAACAACGAUACCCCUCCACCCCGACGAACCUCCUUCUCCGCCACCGAAACCACCAACACUCGAGGAACUUGUGCCCUACUGCAACGCCGUCGGCACGUUUGAACGCUUUGGCGACCGUGACAUUGCCUUCAUCUGCGACUUCUGCGAUGGCCAUAUCGUAUGGGAGGAUGUGCAGCGAUUGCCCACGACACGUCUACCGCCUGCCGCCAUCUCCUCGUCUUCCACACCCGCCACCUUUCCACCAUUUACCGCCCCGAAAACGACGGCAUCCGCACAAGCCACACCACUACCAACCUUUCGACGACCGUCCGCACAGCUGUCGUCAAUACCACAGCCAGCUUCGUCUGCUGUGUCUGCUGUGCUCGCUGCGCCCGAUGGUGAGGGCGGUGAAGACGACUACCCGCGGUGGCAGGCGACCACGGUGGCCGUGUCCGAUACCAGCACACAACGCACCGUUGUGUUUGCACCACUGGCGAUAGCGAACCACCUGCCGCCGAUGACGGGCGACUGGGAAGCGCGGCUGUGGUGCCCGUACUGUGACGAGUACCUGUAUUUCGACAGUGCCGAAGGGGACCAGACCAAGUAUGCGCAGGACGAGCACGGCUUCCCGUCGCUCACAGACUUCCAGCUGCACCUGGAGUGGCACCACACGGCAUUGCCCAUGCCAGCACUAUCCAUGCCAGCAUUGCCUGCAGCGUCAAAUAAUUGUGUACUAAUGUGA